AUGCAUCAACCAACGGAAUUCAUGGAUGUUGCAGACUCUGAUUUUCUCAGUAACAAAGAACUUGAUGAUGAUGACUCAGAAUUUGACUCUGAGUUUGAGAAAUACUUUGUAUUCUCUUCUUUCAAGAACCGCAUGUUUGGCAGGAAAAGGCCACUUCAUGUUGUCCUAGGCUCUGGAAAAAUUGCUGAUAUUCUACUAUGGAGAGACAAGCAGAUCUCAGCAAGCAUUCUCGCCGGUGUAACUUUGAUAUGGAUCCUUUUUAAGAAUAUGGAUUACACUCUGCUUAGUUUCAUUUGUGACUCUCUCAUACUCCUAUUGGCAGUGCUGUUCCUCUGGACCCAUUUAACCUCCUUCAUCAACAUAUCUACACCUAAAUUAUCAGCACUCAUCUUACCUGAAGGGUUGCUUGUUAAUGCUGCUAUUUCAAUGACAAAUGAACUUAACCAACUACUCAUAACAUUUGGUGUCCUAGCCUCUGGAAGAGAUUUGAAGAAAUUUCUCUUGGUUACAGUUACAUUGGGAGCUGUCUCAGUUCUUGGCACUUGGUUCACUGCUGCUACUCUCUUCUACAUAGUGUCCGUUAUAUUGCUGAUAGUACCAGCAGUAUAUGAAAGGCAUGAGGAUAUUAUUAACAUCAUUGCUGAGAAGGCAUUUAGUGAAUUAAAUAAUCGAUAUGCAGAGUUGAUGAAGAAGUUUUUCCGAAAUUCCCAACCCUUACAAGACAGCAUUCUAGAAUAG